UGACGAGCAUUCCAUGAGUGAGCUUCCUGCAGGGAGCAAAGGGCAGCAGGAGCGUGUCCCUGCCUGGCCAGCACCUCCUGGGGAUUUCGGACAGCAAAGGGACUGCGGCGAGGAGGAAGAGGAAGAGGAAGGCAACUGGGAAUUCCUUCAGCUUCCUGGGCUCGCUCCAGGCCAUGGCAGCCACCACGGUGACUGAUGCUGGCAGCGUGAGGAUCAUCACGGAGGUGAUCCCAGCCACGGAUCCCCGGGCGGCCCAGCUGGCCUCAGGCUCCCAGGCACCUGCCAGGACGUCAUUCCAAACUCAAGUCUUCCGGAGGGCUCAUCCCAAGGUGUUGGGGACCAUUCACAUCUUUGCCGGAAUCGUCCACAUCUGCUUCGGGAUCAUCCUGACAGUGUCAGAGCACAGGAACCCUUCCCUCCCUGUGGCCAGCGGGAUCCUCUUCUGGCUGGGGAUCCUGCUCCUGGUCUCAGGCUCAUUGCUGGUGGAAAGCGAAAGGAGAGACAGCCCUGUGCUGGUAAGAUCCAGGCUGGGAGGGACAACGUGUCCCCCCAUUCCUUAUGUCCCUUCCAGCAGGUGCCAGGACCCCUGCACAGCCUGGAUUCAUCCCACAGGACCCACAGGCCAGUCUUCCCCUUGGGAAGAGCCCCGUUCUCCCACAUGGAGCGCAGGAUGGGGGUCUGGGUCACUGUGGGAUGAGGGGGAUGAAAGGUCCAGGAGACCCUCAAGGCUCUGGAGUCACUGUGGGAUGAGGGGGAUGAAAGGUCCAGGAGACCCUCAAGGCUUUGGAGUCACUGUGGGAUGAGGAGGACAAAACUGGGUGGCUUCUCCAGGAGAUCUUUGAUCCCAGUUGAAUAAUCCAAGCGGGAAGCAGCCCUCCCCGGGGUCUAUGUCACCAGGUGCUUCCUGCAGGUCAAGACCUGCUGUGUGGUCAAUGUGGGAGUUGUCCUGGGCACGCUGGUGGCCACCGGGAUCCAUGGCACGGCCAUCACCCGGAACAUUCCC